ACCCAGGUCAAGGGAAACCGAGCCACAAAUGGAAGAAAACGGGACGCGCAUUUCCUCAAGAAUUCCACGAAGAUUUUCGAAUUUCACAGAGAUUUUCGUAUUUUACAGAGAUUUCGAGUGCAUCGCGACGCCCUUUCCUGCCACCAAUGACAUUAACGGGAGGAAGGUCGUAAUUCCUCAGUUAUUUUAAAAGAAAUGGAUCCUUCUGCCAUGGUGGAGCUCCCCGCUUACGAAUUUCCUCCUCCCUUUGUGCCUGUUAAUGAGCGGCCGCAUCACCCAGACUACAACAAUGACCUCCAGCUAUUUCUUGUACGGACGGUGACCCUUAUACGAGCAAAAGUAUCAGAUGCUCUUGGCUUCAACAUUCGAGGGGGGAAGGAACAUUUUUGCGGCAUUUUCCUCUCCAAAGUGAUGCCGAAUACGGAAGCAGAGAGACUAGGGUUGCGAGAAGCGGACCAGAUUAUUUCUGUGAAUGGAACGAAUUUUGAGGAUAUUGAGCAUGCCAGAGCUGUACAAAUUCUCAAGUCCAACACAGAGAUUGUUAUGCAGCUGCGGUACUUUCCAUACGGUUACAAAAAGACAUAUGAAAAAGUUCAAAAUGCUAACAUGGGUAGAGCUUCCAGCUGACAAAUCACUCCCUUUGCAAAUGACAUGGAUAACAUUUCAUAGUUUUUAUUUGAAAUAAUGAUUAUAGAUAAAUGUAAAUGAUAACUGCUCAUCAGAUAUAAUCAAGAAGAUGGUUUUAAAAAUCAAUAUAAGAACAGAGAAAAAAUGGUAUUAUAAUUUAGGUAAUAAUCAGCCUUGAUACCCUCAACAAAUAAAUGUUUAAUUACUUUGGCAUAGUUUUCAAAUGACAGGAUCAAAAAUGUAAUAAAAGUACCAGAAAGUGCUUCUUUUAGUUUUGUUAUAAAGGACAACUUUUCAUUAGCAUUCAAUGGUAAUUCAUGAGUGAAUUACCAUUGUUGACUUGGAGUAAAACAUUUUCAGCACAAAAUAUUUUUGAUGUGCUGAAAAAAAAAAAAAAAAUCAAAGCAAGUUCAACCCUACACAUGUUAUUUUUUGUACCCUUGUUCAUAUUGACGUUUUAAGCAGAUUUUUGGUACUACCUUUAAAAGAAAUAAUAGACAUUUUUUUAAAUGUAGAUUUCUUUUAUUGUAUAGUUUGCUCUAAUAUUGAGUAGCUUUCAUUUAAAAAAAAAAAGUUAUGAGAUACAGUCAUUGCUUAUACAUUGGGAUUUAAGAUAUAUUUAUAUAUUUUUUAUUACAAUAGUUCAGAUCUUGAUAUCAUGUAAUUACUGAAGUACAAAGAAUAUGAUAGCAAACAGUUAUUAAAGGAAUCAUACAGAGAGCUGUAAUAACAUUCUGAGUGAAAUAAAGUAUGUGAGAGUGUAA